UGAACGUUACGUGUUCUUAUAUUGUGACGUCAUAAUACAAUACGCUUGUAUUUUAAGGAGGAGAGAAAAAAUCAGAUUGGGAAUUAACAGCUGUAACGAAAAAAAAAACAUUGAAAAAAAUGAAUCAUUGUGAAGAAGAUGAUGACAGUGAUUUGGACACGGAUGAAAUCAAAGGACAAUUGAGAAAUAUGCAAGCCGCUUUGCAAAGACAUUUUGGUCACCACAAGGAUUUGGCAAGAUUGAAAAGUGAUGAUCUUCAUGGAGAGAAGAAAGAGUUUGUUGUCGUCACACCAGAUCUUGUACGAUCUUCACCGAGCGAAACUCUGUUGGCGAUGAGAAAAGAAAUGGAAAUUGAGAGAAAGAGACGAAUUGAAGCGAUGAUGGAUGAAGAGGAUGACGAGGAAUCCAAGUUCGCUGCUGAGGCAAAAAGAGAUGUUAACGAAGAAUUGUUAAAGUUGUUUGCUUUUCAUGAUUCCAAGUAUCAAACAGAGUCGGAAAAGGUGCGUAAAAAGGUUGAAGAUGCCAAGGAUAUAAUGCAUGAAGAACUUCUACGUAGAUACGCGCAAAAGAUGGUUGAUAUUGAAGUGGAACAAGAGAGGAAACGAAAAUUGUCAGAACUCGAUAAACUCGUGAAAGGUGAAGCUGAGAAUCAACUCGAGCUGGCGCAAACAAGCGAAAAUUUAAUCAAAGUUCAAAAUGAUCUCAAGAAUGCUUUCAAAAUUGCAACUAAAAGUAAAGAGAGAAAAGAAAGCAUAACUCAAAAAAUUAGUGAAGACAGGAAAGAGAUUUUUUUACAAGACAUGCGCCGACAGUCUGCGAUUUCUAGAGUAAAGCAAAUGUCCAGCAAGGAACAACAGCAGAGAAUAGCGGAGUUUGAUGAGCACAUGCGCACUAUGAUGAGCGCAGAUACACGUAAACUUUUAGUAAACGUUCAAGAACAAUUGCUUGGUUUAUUUUCAAAACUUAAGAGAGACAAGGAGGUACAGAAAGUGAUAGAGGUGGAUAAAACUAAGUUGAACAAAGCUCGCAUGCAAGAAGAAUUAGUUCGUACUGCAUCCCGUAAGUUGGCUGACCGCGAGGCAAGCGCUGAACGAGCAAGACGUAUUAAAGAACAAAAUAUUGAAAGAAAUGAACGUCAAGAGACCAUUGACAUGUUGCUGGAUGUCCAGAAACAGUUGUUGGAUGCUUGUGGACAUUUGCAGAGUGAAGACCUCAAGUAUAACGCAAAGUUAGUUCAGUUCUUGAAAACGCGACAAAAUCUUCUUAGUGAUAUAAGAAGUCAAACUGGCAUUGACGCUAAAAGGCAAAGCAAAUCAUUGGAACAAGGUCGUAGACUCUCGCUGCUCGGAGACUGGACUGAGUUGCAAAGGAACGAGAAAAAACUCUCGAUUAUUGGAGAACAGUUUGAUUAUAAAAUGAGCAGUCAAAUAUAAAUUAAAACUUCAAUAUCAAAGAAAACGUUAAUAAUUAUGGUACAAAUGGAUUGUCAAAAACAACUAGAUUUAAAGUAUGCGUUUAAAAUUUCAAAAAUGCAUCAUUUUACAAAAUGGA